AUGGUAGAAACAGAUCUCUGCUUGGAAGCUGGAAUGAUUCGGACAGACGAGGAUGAGUAUUUCAUCGAACCGCUGGAGAAAGGGAAGCAAUUGGAAGAAGAAAGCGGGAGGGUUCACGUCGUCUACCGGAGGUCAGCGAUUGCACAGAAUCCAACCGAUGUACUCCCCGACUUCCACCGUGAAGAGUCUGAUUUCGGAGGCCUACAGAAUCUGGAGUCCACUUACGCGAGCAUAGUGGAACAUCUCAAUGACACGCUGAGGCAACGGAGACACGCCGGGGAUGACGACUACAACAUCGAAGUGCUUCUCGGGGUGGACGACUCGGUUGUCCGGUUCCAUGGCAAAGAACACGUUCAGAACUACCUCCUCACCCUGAUGAAUAUUGUGAAUGAAAUUUACCAUGACGAAUCCUUGGGGGUCCACAUCAACGUGGUGCUGGUGCGCAUGAUGAUGCUAGGCUACGCCAAGUCCAUCAGCCUAAUUGAGCGAGGGAAUCCAUCCAGGAGCCUGGAGAACGUUUGCCGCUGGGCGUACCAGCAACAGCGGGCAGACCCGAAGCAUUCUGAGCACCACGACCAUGCCAUCUUUCUGACCAGGCAAGAUUUUGGACCAGCUGGAAUGCAAGGUUAUGCUCCGGUUACCGGCAUGUGUCACCCCGUCAGAAGCUGCACGCUCAACCACGAAGAUGGGUUCUCUUCAGCUUUUGUGGUCGCCCAUGAAACUGGACACGUCUCCUACGACUGCCUCCUCGAUGACCCCUUUGAACAUGACUGGCCCAAACUCCCGGAGCUGCCAGGAAUCAAUUAUUCCAUGGACGAACAGUGCCGCUUUGAUUUUGGAGUGGGCUACAAAAUGUGUACAGCGUUCCGAACCUUUGACCCUUGCAAACAGUUGUGGUGCAGCCAUCCGGACAACCCCUAUUUCUGCAAGACCAAGAAGGGGCCUCCACUGGACGGAACGGAGUGCGCACCGAGCAAGUGGUGCUACAAGGGUCACUGCAUGUGGAAGAAUACGAACCAGCUACAGCAAGAUGGCAACUGGGGGGCCUGGACGAAAUUCGGCUCCUGCUCACGGACAUGUGGAACCGGCGUCCGCUUCAGAACACGGCAGUGCAACAAUCCCAUGCCAGUGAACGGGGGUCGAGACUGUGCGGGCGUCAACUUUGAGUACCAGCUGUGCAACAUGGAGGAAUGUCCAAAACACUACGAAGACUUCCGAGCUCAGCAGUGUCAGCAGCGCAACUCGCAUUUCGAGUAUCAGAGCAGCAAACACCACUGGCUGCCCUACGAGCAUCCCGACGUUACCAAGAGAUGCCAGCUUUACUGCCAGUCCAAGGAGACAGGAGACGUUGCAUAUAUGAAACAGCUGACCCACGAUGGAACUCGCUGCUCCUACAAAGACCCCUUCAGCAUUUGUGUGCGUGGAGAAUGUGUGAAAGUGGGCUGCGACAAGGAAAUCGGGUCCAACAAAGCUGAAGACAAGUGUGGCGUGUGCGGAGGAGAUAAUUCCCACUGCCGGACAGUAAAAGGGACCUUCACGCGGACCCCAAAGAAGCCUGGGUACCUUAAGAUGUUUGACAUCCCACCGGGUGCUAGACAUGUGUCUCUCCAAGAAGACGAGGCUUCCCCUCACAUUCUUGCCGUUAAGAACCAGGCAACAGGCCACUACAUUCUGAACAGCAAAGGGGAGGGAUCCGACUCUCGCACCUUCAUCGACAUGGGCAUCGAAUGGGAGUACCACGCAGAAGACGACAUGGAAACGCUUCACACCGAUGGCCCCCUGCAGGAUGCAGUUGUUGUCCUGAUCAUCCCUCAGGACAACGACACGCAGUCCAGCCUGACUUACAAGUACAUCAUCCACGAGGACUCCGUGCCCAACGUCAAUAGCAACAACGUCCUGCAGGAGGAGCUGGACACUUUCGAGUGGGCUUUGAAGACGUGGUCCCCGUGCUCCAAGCCUUGUGGAGGAGGUUUCCAGUACACCAAGUACGGGUGCCGCAGGAAGAGCGACAGCAAAAUGGUCCACCGUAGCUUCUGUGAAGCCAGCAAAAAGCCCAAGCCCAUCCGCAGGAUGUGCAACCUUCAGGAAUGCACGCAGCCAUUCUGGGUAUCGGAAGAGUGGGAGCACUGCACCAAAACCUGCGGGACCUCCGGUUAUCAGAUCCGAACAGUCCGUUGCAUCCAGCUGCUCCACGAUGGCGGGAACCGCUCCGUCCAUUUCAAGUACUGUAGAGGGGAUCGGCCAGAGAGCCGUCGGCCGUGCAACCGAUCCCCGUGCCCUGCCCAGUGGAAAACCUGGCCCUGGAGUCCGUGUUCCGUGACCUGCGGUGAAGGGACCGAAUCCAGGCAGGUGUUAUGCCGCGCCGGUGAGCAGUGUGAUGGAGAGAAGCCGGAAGCUGUACGGGUUUGCAGGCUUGCUCCCUGCAAUGAUGAACCCUGCCAGGGAGACAAAUCGAUUUUCUGCCAGAUGGAGGUGCUGGCCCGCUACUGCUCCAUCCCGGGCUACAAAAAGCUCUGCUGUGACUCCUGCAGCAGGCACAGCAGCACCCUCCCGCCCCCUUUCCUUAGCGAAGCUGCGGAGACGGAAGACGACGUGAUGGCCAACCCCGGCGAAAUACCCAAAACGUGGGCCGCUCCCACUUCUUUAGUCCCUCCUCGCUCCGAGUCCGCGCUGGUGAGACGAGUCCCUUUGAGCCGGAUCUCCCCUGCAGCAGAAGAAGCGCAUGCGCUCGUUCCGCCGUCCCAUGGCAGGGCCCGAGCGGCUGACCGGCCCCAGAGGAGAGUUCAUGACCAAGGAAGGAAUAAGACUUCUGGGCCCCUCACGAUGCCGUAUCAGCCUCCGACGAGGAGCGAGCAUCUUGUGAACCGCAGCUCCUCAACCGUGCUAGAGACUGAUCCCGUUGCGGCGCCGAGCAGCCGUUCGGCAGCUGCUCCGCCCAACAGAACCGCAAGGAAAAUGGAGAAGCAGGCUGGCAGGCGGCAGGUUUUGAGGCCUUCCACUGUGGAAAGAUGAGACAGAGAGCAAAUUAAAAAGGGGAGGAGGAAAGCAGAGACUUUGUUUCAGUUCCUUUGUUCCGGGUACCCAGGGUACAUGCGAGCUUUUCAAAUGCAAGCGUUCUCGACAGACUGACUUUUUUUUUUUUUAAGGAAAGUGCUGGAUUCACUUUCCAGUGGCUUUCGUCCUUCCCGCCUUCAUCCUCCUCCUCCU